AUUACAGAUAAUUUUCAGAGACAGUUUCAAAUCAUAACACUCAGGUAACGCAUUGUGCUACAUGUCUCGUCUAUGUCAACCAUGUCGACUGGUGUCUGCUAUCAAAAAUUACGAUAGGGAUGAGUUUAUAUUUAACUUUUCAAUAAUGAAAAAAUAAUCAUACUUUUACAAUGUUAUUGGCUACUAUUUUUCAGAAUAUUACGUAAUAGCAAUACGAAGUAAAUGUGCUGAUUUGUAUUGGUGUCGAGAUUACAACGCGGAGCAGGUGCGUGUGACGUCAUGUACAUUCGUUUCAUGGUUAGUGCGAAGAGUUGUUCAAGUUAAGGAGGAGGAAGAAAUGUGAAAAAAUUGUAGUCAUAUGAGUGUGUUUAUGUGUGCUGGUUUACGUAGUUAAUAUGUUUUUGACGUUCGGUGUAAGUGGGAGGUGAAGUUUUAAAUGUUUCCGCUAUGUCGAAGAGCUCCAAAAGUCAACUUAAAAUUGACAGCGGUUCAGUGGAAGUGAAAAGCAAGUUUGAUGCAGAAUUUCGUCGGUUCUCUGUGUCAAGGCAAGAUGCUGGCAAGUAUGAAGAAUUUAGAGGACUCAUUGAGCGACUGCACCAUUUGGCUGACGUGCCUUUCCUCAUCUCAUAUACAGAUCCUGGUGAUGGAGACCUCUUACCUAUCAAUAAUGAUGACAACCUCGGUCGUGCCUUGCUCACAGCUCGUCCACUCCUCAGGGUCAUCGUGCAGAGGAAAGGAGAGAGCCUGGAGGAGUUAAAUGGAUAUGGUACUCACAAGACUCGCAACCUCAUCUCCUCGAUCCUGGGAACACCUGGACGACCCAAGGCCCAUCUCUGUAUCUCAAAUCCACAUGAUUUUAGACAGGUAUCAGCAAUAAUUGAUGUGGAUAUUGUGCCUGAGACAUGUCGCAGGGUGAGGUUGUUGAAGCAUGGCUCAGAUAAACCACUAGGAUUUUACAUACGAGAUGGUACAUCCGUUCGAGUUACACCUGCAGGGCUGGAGAAGGUGCCUGGUAUCUUCAUUUCACGCUUAGUGCCCGGAGGCUUGGCUGAAAGUACGGGACUCCUUGCUGUCAAUGAUGAAGUUUUAGAAGUAAAUGGUAUUGAAGUCAAUGGCAAGACUCUAGAUCAGGUCACAGACAUGAUGGUAGCGAACAGCUCCAAUUUGAUCAUCACAGUGAAACCUGCAAACCAGCGCACUUUGGCACCACCACGUCGAGGCUCAUUCUCGCGCACGAGCCAGUUAUCGUCGGGUUCACAUCAGUCAACUCAUUCAGCUGCCACAACUGGUUCUGAUGACGAUCGAUAUGAUCAGGACGAGAUUGUUGAUCUCACUUGUGGAAAUCUAGAUGAUUCAGCUUCAAUGCACCUGACUUCUAGUGGAAGUGGAACAGCAGUCAAGGACGAGGGUGUACUUCAUCUGUGAGCAUUUGCUUGAGAUCUUCAUAGUACCCAAAUCUUGUCAAAAGUGUGGGUGUAUAUCCGUUAUGAGUAUUCUUUUCUUUAAUUCAAGAAGCAUAUGACCUUGUGGAGGAUUGUGUUAUGUCAUAUUUUUUAAGUGAAAUGACAAAACACUUCCUGGCCCUAUCAUACUGUUUCUUUAACAUUUAUACACGAAUCCUUUUUAAGCAAAGAAUUGUAGAAAUGAUGUUGCAUUACCUUCCAUUUGGUGCUCAGUUUAUUGGUCAGUAUUUCCUUGGCUGCUAGGAAUGCUGUGUAUAUUGUAGAGUGAUACACAUUAACAGAUGUAGUCUUACAUUGUAAUGAAAGAUACAGGAAAUGUACUUAAAGGAAUCUGAGGACAAAAUGUUUAGAAGUUUUGGAAGGAACAGAUGCUGCAUGAAUGAGGUCCUCUUUCAUGUCGAUAUUUUUAGUCAUGUUGAGACUAGAUUUUAGUUAUACCUGUGAAACCAAAAGUUAUGUUAAGUUUUAAAGAAAAUAUUGAACCUUGUGGGUUAAAGUGCAGGUCAAGUUAUGGAGAUGUGACAGGUAAUACAAGACAUUCCAUACUCUUGUACAUAUAAAUAUUUGGCCUAAGUGAGAUUAGAGGUGUCAUGGUGUUGACUGUGCAGAUUACCAUCUUCUGUGGUAUGACAUCAUAAAUUCUGGUAGAUCAUUAUCAACAUUUGGUAGGAACCUGCUAUCACCAUCCUUGGCCUUGAAUGUACAAGGCACAGGUUCCUCUGAAAUGUUGGUAAUCUACCAGAAUGCAUAGUGUCAUAUUCCUGUCCAUUUCAAGAUCGUGUUGUUUGCAGUUGGUCAUUUCUGGUUGAACUCUCAGCUUUUUUAUGUAUCUUGAAUGCUGAUGUGCUGACUGAAGUGGUGGGUAAUUACAGAAUAUUAUUAGGACGUGAAAAAAAUUAGUUAUAAAGUCAAUAGAAAGUCCGUCGAGUGUAACAAU